AUGCAGCUGCCGGUGCUGGCGACGCUGGCCGCGGUGGCCGUGGUGGCCAUAGGCGGGCCCCUCACGUGCGACGACCACUGCCGCAUCAAGUUUUCGAUGCAGCUGAUGUUGAGAGCCCACGACUCGAUAUGCGACUGUUCCAAACUUGCGAAGGCCGGCCGUCAACCCACACCCGUGCUCGCCGAGGGGACCACCUUUCAACUUAACGACGACGGUGCCUAUUAUAAUAUCGAAAAGCCCUUCCACAUAUUAAAUCCCACUGUCAACUUUCGACGCAAACCGUCAAAAGCGCCAAACAACGUAGCUAUCCACGCUCCAUCUGUCGAUACAAAUAACGCAAAAGCACUUUCAUCGCACCUAUUUCAUACGCCCAUACAAGACUCCACAAUGGUAGGAACUAAUAUAACGACACGCAUAAGUGAACCAUUACUGAUAGCGCCUGCGGACACAAAAGAUGAUAAUAUUUCUGCUCAAAUUAAGAUAAGUAAGGAAACUAGUAAAACGUUAGUGACGGAGGAACCUUUUAACAAUAAAAUUAGACGCCUUUCUACAAGGAGUGGCGAAAGAGAGGAUAAUUCGCAAUCUUCUGAUUACUUGGAUAAUUUAACUUCGAACAGCGAAAUGCAAGACAGGGCAGUGGCACAGCGGAUUCCAAUACGUGACCUAAAGUCUGCCAUGAAUGAUGACGACGCCGACAAUAAAACGUCAAAUCGCAGUAAUAACAAAUAUCCAAAUCCAACAACAAAGUCGCAGUAUAAAAAAGCCUUUGGCUUGGAAACAGUAAUAUAUGCUGAGGGCCGCCCUGUAUACGACGAGAACGAAGUAUCGCCGCAGAGAGUGAUUACUAGGGAAUUCGUGAAUGGCACAGUUCAGAGUGUAAUCAACGGAACAGAGGACAUGAAUCGCGAAGCUUCCCUUAAUAAUGAAAACAAUGACUCCGAGUUUGUAGAUGUGGCUUUCGUUAUUAGCAGCAAAGAUUGGGACAGCACAGACAAUCCCAUGGACGCAUCGGGCACAGACCUCGGGGAUACGGAAAUGGAUGGUCUUAUUCAUAGUCACGGU